UAGGGUGAGGCGCACCUUUCUCCCGAGAGGGUGCCAGAGGUCCCAGCCGCGGUUCUUUCCACCUGCCGAGAAACCAGAGCUGUUCUUCCGAGCCUGGCGGCGGCGGAGCUUGCUGCUUCUGCCCCAGCGCUCUCUGCACGCCCCCCUACUCGCCCCCGCCCGCCCGAGUCACCUCUUUCCGCGCCCCCGCCCCUUGCGAGCUAGCGCUCGCCCCCCCCCCCCGUCCUCCUCCCCUUCCCCCUUCCCUCUGGCCCUCCCUUCAUUCCACAAGUGUCGCUUCUCUCUCUCCAGCGCACUUGGCGUGCAAGAGAGGUGAAGAGCAUCCUGCGAGCGAGCGGACGUGGGGAUCCGAGUCCCGGGCGGCGGACGGAGGGGAGUUACGGACACAGCGACUCUCCCCUGCUUUCCGCCCCCGCCUCCCCCGGUGGCCCGCAGGACCUGCACCCCGCGCUGGCCCCCGCUCCUGCUCCGUCCCCGCCCGGCCCCGGCGCGCUCCUCCCCGGCCGGCCCCCUUCCUCGGCGCGCGUCGCGCUGGAGGCGAACGCAGUCUGAGCCGAGCGCAGUGGCCGCCGACCACCGAGCGCCCCGCGCCGCCUCCCUGCAUGUGCGGCCAGCGGCGGCCCGCAGCCCCUGCCAGCAGCCUUGGCAGCUUCGGCCGCGCGUCCAGAGGCGGUGGCAUCGGCUCCAGCGGCGGCCGAGCGCUCCAGCCCGGGCUCGGAGACACGAUGCGCCGAGUCCUCCGGCUGCUCCUCGGCUGCUUCCUCACCGAGCUGUGUGCCCGCAUGUGCCGGGCGCAGGAGCGAGCUGGGCACGGGCAGCUGGCGCAACUGGGCGGCGUGCUGCUGCUCACAGGGAGCAAUCGCUCGGGGGCCGCCUCCGGAGAGGCCGGCGAGGGCGUCGGGGGCUCGGACGCACCGCCGACUCGAGCGCCCACGCCGGACUCCUGUCGGGGGUACUUCGAUGUCAUGGGCCAGUGGGACCCGCCGUUCAACUGCAGCUCGGGCGACUUCAUCUUCUGCUGCGGGACUUGUGGCUUCCGGUUCUGCUGCACGUUUAAGAAGCGGCGACUGAACCAGAGCACCUGUACCAACUACGACACGCCACUCUGGCUUAACACGGGCAAGCCCCCAGCGCGUAAGGAUGACCCCUUGCACGACCCUACCAAGGACAAGACCAACCUUAUCGUCUACAUCAUCUGCGGGGUGGUGGCUGUCAUGGUGCUGGUGGGCAUCUUCACCAAGCUGGGGCUGGAGAAAGCACACCGGCCCCAAAGGGAACAUAUGUCCAGAGCCCUUGCGGAUGUCAUGAGGCCACAGGGCCACUGCAACACUGACCACAUGGAGAGAGACCUUAACAUUGUCGUCCACGUGCAGCAUUAUGAGAACAUGGACACAAGAACCCCCAUAAAUAAUCUCCGUAUCUCAGACAUAUGUACUAUGUUGGGAACUUGAAGAUCCUGGGGACAGAAACCUAAUGCAAGCAGAAAGAGGAAUUUUCUGGGCCACAUCUGACCUGUAGAUGCUGCUAGACAUCCAGUGUUUCCAGAACUUUGACUUUGUCUCUUCAUCUGUAAACUUUGCAAUCCCCCUUGACUUAACUUUCUAGAUAGGUUUUUUUCCCUCUGAAAUGACCAGAUAGCUACUAGUAGGUAUAGCCAGGGAUUGUGAUAAUUGCUCCAGAUCCAGAGAUCCAAGGAGGGAAAGAGGAUAUUUCUCUACAACUGUGUUGAAAACUACAGAGAGGUUUCUGACUGGCCUGUGGGAAGGAAUAUGACCUGGGAAACAGUGCUUUGGUUGGCUAGUUACGGGCUGAGGGGUGGGGCUUGAAUCAAGUCUGCCCAAACAGGAAGAGGAAGAGGAUCUCUGUGCAACAGAAGUGUGUGUGUGUGUGUGUGUGUGUGUGUGUGUUUAAAGGUUAGAUCUUUAGAAGCGAUUCUAAUUACAUAACACCAAAAAAUCACACACCUCUGUACUAAUUUGUAUUUUUCCUGUAUCCAAUGUGUGAUUGUUUAUUUAUAUUUUGUUUGCUGCUUCAAAUCCUUUGUGAAAUGAGGUGGAAUAAAUAAAUGAUAAGAUGUGUAAACUGACUGGAGAAAUAAAUCCGUGCAUCUUUCCAUACAAAAGGAAGGAGGGGUUGACUGAAGCCGCCAAGAGCUGAGCAUGUGUCGAAUGGGACAUUUCCUUCAAAGACUCAGAUUGUAAAGCCUUGGUCCUUAACACAAAGUUCAAGCUGGGGUGUUUGGGAGCUCACCAUAAGGGCUCUGAGCCAGCUGAUGGAGCAGUCCACGGGUGGAUUUGUGAUUUGUUGGCAGUGUUGGAAGGUGGGAGAAAUGAAGAGGAGUCUAGUUGUUAGAGGAAGCAGACUCCUGGACAGCUUCUGUGGAAGGCUGCAUCUUGUCUCUAGGCCCUCCUUCACACUCUUCCCUCUUUCUGUUCCUGGGCUGCCAGGAGAUGAGUAGCCUCCUCUACCAUAUGCUGCCUCCCCCAUUACCGUGCUCUCCUGAGUUUGCUUCAGGCUCAAGCAAUGAAAGCAUGAGGACAAACCGACACCCCUGGAACUGUGGGCCAAGGCAAAGCUCCCAUUUCCACUGCGUUUCUCAGUCCUUUCACCAUGGCAACAGAGUGUAUUUGACUGAUGCAGAAUCUAUGAAAGGCUAACAGUUUGUCUCUUGCUGGGCUCUGUGCAGCCAGGACCUCUGUUAUGGCCAUGGCUGUUGUAAGCUCACACCUACUUGAGCGUGGUGGCACAUACCUGUAAUAUCAGCUCUUGGGAGGCUGAGGCAGGGGGAUUAUGAAUCCAAGGCUGCCUAAGUUAUAUAAUGACUCACUAUCUCAAAACCCAAAACCAAAUGAAACUAAAAAUGCCCCUCCCAAACCCAGUCAAACCAAAAGGCACAUUCCUCUACAUGUAGAUGUCAGGGGCUUACAUAAUGCCUAUCUCACAUACAGUUUAAUACCAACAUUUAUGAAGAAGACAAUGUCUUGGAGUUCAUAUCUUUCUCUACCAUCCUGCCUUGCACUUAGAUGUUCAAUAAGUGGUUUUGACUAAAUGAACUGGCCCACUCUACACUUCUUUAUUUGUGCUGUUUUCUCUGUCUUCUAAACGGCUAUAUCCUUCAUGAGCACAUGGAUACAUGUAUCCACAUAUACAUGUAUACAUACACGUGUGGAGGUAUGCAAGCAUCUUCAGGCUCUGUUCUUUUUCUUCAGGCUCUGUUAAAGGCAUGGAACUUGCCAAAUAGACCAAGAGAGCCCUAGAGAGCUGCCUGUUUCUGUCUACACAGGUGCUGAGAACACAAACACAGUCAAAAUUAGGUUUUGAAAUAUGGGUUCUUGGAUCAAGCUGGGCUCCCUGUGCUCACAAGAUAAACACUUUGUUGACUGAGCCAUCUCUCAGGUCUCCAGUUUCUAUUCAGGAAUAUUAAAAAAAAUAAUUAUGUGGGCUUGCUCUCAGAUGUCCAGCAAGCGCUCACCAGCCAGCUUUGACAUCUCUGUUUUUUUUCCAGAAAUGUUGCUGAGCCGAAAGCAAUGCUUGCUUAUUUAUUAAUUUUAUUUAUUUAUUUAAAUCUAUAGUUCUGUAAAGAGAACCCAGAGUCUUGUGCCUACCAAGGCAGCCCUCUACCACUGAUCAUGCCCCAGGCUGUGGGGAAAAAAUCAGCAACAGCAUUGUAUGCUGAGCUUCCAGGAGGGACCAGGGAGUAGCAUGCGGCCAUUGGGAUGUUAGUAACAGACAUGGGUUUGAAAAGUUCUUGGAUGGUAGAUCUCUGUGAACUGAAUCAUCUGGGCUUCCUUAGUGCCCAAGUCUUCAGUCAGAAAGCCGCAAGGGACCUAUGUGUUUCACACACCAUCUUGCCUCCUUGUUGUGCUUGGAAGACUUUUUUGGUGUUCUCAUGCUGGCAGCACCACCUCAAUUUAGUUCUCCUAGAAGCACACAGAUCCUAAGGCAAGGAAAAUUCCCCUAUUUGGGAGAUGUUCUCAGGAAGUGUUGUUAGGGUUGCAGCAAGAUAGGGAUGUAGUAAUGGUGAGUUAUCAGUGGGCUAUAGCCAUUGAGAGCCAGAGAGCAGUGGGAGAAGGACAGAAUCUGCCUUCAGUGACAAGAAGGCAAGUAUAUUCCUAGAGGAGUAGAGGCCCACAUAAAGGGGACAUGGUUUGGGAUAGAGACUUUCUCCAAAGGGUAUGUGGCCAUGUUGUGGGGCAGUAGCUACUCUAUACACAGAAGAAGUACAUCUGAGGCCCAUUUAUAGGGAAUCCUUGUAUUAGGAAACCAAACCCUUUUUCGGGGAAGUGGACAUUCUCAGUGUGCAAAACACAAACACAUUCAAAAGCAGUUAUUGGCAACAUCAUAAGUUGGGUCACUUCAGAUAAAGUGUAGGGGACAGGUGCUGCCUUUACAGGAGCACCAGAAAGAAAAAAAUGUCACCUCCAUCCCUGAUGUGGGUGAACAGCAAGGGAGAUAUCACGUGCCUAUUAACGGGGACAUUGAGACAGAGUCUCUCAAAAUCCUGGACUAUUUUUAAUCAAAAGGAGAACUCAGUGUAAAACAUUUGAUGUCUUGAAGAUAACUCAUUGUCAGUAGGCCAAUUUAAGUCUCAUUAAUCACAGGAAGGGAAGAACUCCUGCCCCUUGAAGCUGGUAGUGACCAGCUGUGAGCGGGGCAGGGCGUGUUUCCCAUAAAUGGAACUCAGGUGUUCUAACUAUGCAGAGAUGGGGGCGACUGGGCAGGACUUUUCCUGACUCACACUUGACAAUCUUUGGCUUUGCAGCUGUCCCUAGAUCUAGUUGAGUGGAGGAUUGUCACGGACCUCUCUGAGUUAGUUUUGAGGAAACAUGAACUUUGAAGCAAGAUGGUCUAGUGUCUAUUUAUUGAUUUCCCAUCUCUAUUUAUUGGUUUCCGAUUUAUUUUUUUCCCAGACAGUAGACUAAGCACUUUGAAUGUAAACUUGUACUCUUUAUAACACUUCCAAGAGUUGGAGGACUUUGUCUCUUUUAAAGAUGUGAAACUUGAAGUUUUCAGAUGUUCAUACUUGAGAGAGCUGGGAUUGGAGCUCUGGUCAAAUCAGUUCCAAACCAACCAAGCUCUUUAACUAUUGCAUGGCAGUGUUUUCAGUGGAGUCUAAUCAUAUCAGUAAGGAGACAAUUUACUGAUGAGGGAAGCAAGGGCAAAUAGAAUAUACAAGAAAAACCAAUACUAAGGGGUUGGGGAUUUAGCUCAGUGGUAGAGCGAUUGCUUAGGAAGCGCAAGGCCCUGGGUUCGGUCCCCAGCUCCGAAAAAAAAGAACCAAAAAAAAAAAAAAAAAAAGAAAAGAAAACCAAUACUAACUAUUCAUCCUACAUGCUCAAAGAAAGUUAUUGGUGAUACUAUUUUGGUAUAUUGCUGCCUGCAUGUGCUUGGACUGUUCUUUUUUUUUUUUUUUUUUUUUUUUCUUUUUUUCGGAGCUGGGGACCGAACCCAGGGCCUUGCGCUUACUAGGCAAGCGCUCUUCCUGGUAUAUUGCUGUCUUCAUGUGCUUGGGCUGUUCUAACUAUAAACCACACAAGCCCAGUGGACAGCAGUGGACACUGAGAUGCUCAGGCUCUAUUGCCAGGCGGGGCCUGCUUUCCCAUAGAUGGUACCUUGUUGAGUUAAACAUGGUGGUGCAUGUCUGUGAUCCUAGCACUUAGGGGGCAGAAGCAGGACAGGUUUUCAGGCCAGCAUGGGUUAUACCUCAAGACUGUAGGCAAAACAGUGGUGCCUUCUCACCACUCUGGCAUUGUGGAAGAGGCCAGCAGGCUCCCUCAGUCCUGCCUGCUAAGGCCAUGAAUGAUCUUUGUGAGGUCCUGUUCUCAUUGUCUAGGGACUUCCCAAAGUCACCAUCUCCUCAUGCUGUCACUUUGGAGGCCACAAUUUCAACAUACAAAAUUUGGGGGAGACAGAAUCAUUAAGAUCAUACCUAAGAUCCUUUUAGAAUUAACUUCCAAUGUCAUACUUGGAAAAAAAAGUCACAUAUCCACAUAAUAAAACCCAGCAUUGUCGUGUUUUUCCUAAUGCUCGUUAUGCCUCAAACAUUUAAUUAUUGUUGCAUAUGUUUACAAUCCAUGCUGUUGAAUAACUCCACGGUGUUAUUAUAUGGCUCCAAUGCUCUCUUCACCUUCUGUCCCUCCUUCACCCCUCCUCCUCCCUCUCUUCUGUUCCUUCUUUCCUCCUCUUUUCUAUUUCUCCUUCCUAUUUCCUUCUCCUGUCCUCUUCCUCUUUCCUCAUGCUUCCUUCUCUUCUCUUUCAAUUCCUCUUUCCUCUCUUGCUGUUCCCUGUCUUUAUUAUUAUGAUUUAUUAUUUUUAUUUAUUAUUUCCAUUAUUUUUGUUACUAUUAUUAUUUCAUGACCCGGAGCUAGAAUCUUACAACAUAGGCUCUGUUAGCUCCUCCAAAUUCUCCUGCUUAGGAGUUCUGGGGCUGUAAGCAUGCACCACUGUGCCUGGCUGUUCUGGUUUCUUUAUCUUUAAAAUGUGAAUGAUAUUUCCAACCUUAUAACUUUGUGGAAAGAUAGUUACUAGGUGUCUGACAUGUGCUAAAUAUUCAAUAAAUAUUUAUUCCUUUAUUUCCCUGAACCCAGACAAAUUCCCUAGAAGCAGAGCCUGAAAUGGGAAUUCUUGUGCAAGGCACUUCCUGGGGGAGCACCCCCAGAAGGGCCCUGGAAAGAAGGCAUGGUAGUAAGAUAGAGGCAGGAGACAAAAAAGGACAGGUCUCAGUUGAGUCCAAACCUUGGCCUGUCCCAUGGGGUGAGCUGGAGUGUGAGGUAUACCAGUUAGUCAUGUGGUUUACCCAUGGAUUGGCUUUUGAUAUCUCUGUGACAGUGGUCAUUGGUUGUGGGUCCUUGCUGCAGGCAAGGACAUGAAACUUUUGCAUGUGGUGAGACAUCUUCUCUUUAACUAUGUGUGAUGCUCUUUCCAAUAUGGCAGUCCAAGCCAUGCGUGGCAAUGAGGAGGCUGUCUGUGUACACAUGUGCCAUUGACAUAAAAUAGACAUCAGAUUGUGAAGGCUUCAUAUGAAAAAUUGAUGUCAACAUUAUUUUUGCGUGUAUUUCUAUAUGUAUGGGUACAUGUUUGUGCAUAUACAAGUGGAGGUCACUAGACAACCGCUGGCCUUAUUUUCCAGGCAACAUCUACUUUUUUGAGACAGGAUGUUUCACUUGCCAGUUAGGCUGGGCUCUCUCGCUGGUGAGCCCCAGGAAAGCCUCCUGCCUCUGUUUCCUUAGCAUUGCAUUAUAAGCACAUGCCCCCCACAUCAGACCUUUAUUUUUUAAAUUGAAACACACACACACACACACACACACACACUCUCUCUCUCUCUCUCUCUCUCUCUCUCACACACACACACACACACACACACACACACACACACACACACACUGAUGCGUCUGUAUUUAUUUUAAGGGAAAUACCCAGAAAAGCUUAACUUGAAGGUGGUAGAUGUAGAAGAUGUGGGAAAAAAAAUAAUCAUCAAACCAGCUCCCCAAAUAUGUGUGACCUCCUCCCUCAGGAGAUCUUAGCUCUGUCAGGACUUGGCCUAGGAUCCUCAUUUUCUGAAUUCUUCUCUUUGAGUUUAGAAAAGGUUUGUCUAUCUUGCAGGCUUCCAAGACAGAGAAUAGUUUGGAGAAGAAAAAUACAUGCUAGCUUUGUUUCCAGUGUGUCCCCCCCCCCACUCCCAUGCCUGCAGAUCCCCCAGCCCAUAUUUCAGUAGUUGAUUUCAAAGAGAAGAACCCCACGGAGUGGGUGGGUUAGGCAGCAGUAUGCUGAGCAGCAAGGCCGUGCUGAUGAGGAAGCAAGCAGUGAGGUACCAGGGGCUGCCCAGCAAGUGGAUUGAAGAUAUGUGGAGGUGGUUGUAGGAAGGAGUAAACAGGAGUCCAUCUGCUCCCAGUGUAUCAAAGGCUGAGCUUCCCUUGGUCAGGGGUGGCAGAGGAUGAGCCUUUUUUCACUGUAUGUAGGAAGACACACUUCCUAGUUACAGAAAAUGUCAGUCUGGCAAUGGGUGUGCCAAAUUAGGGGGACGUGAAGUAGAACUGCCUGCAGCAGUCAGACCAAGAUGCUGUCGGCCAGCCAGAUGCACUGACUCGUCAUCACCUAGUGCUGGAGUUACCUUGUCUGCACACUCCUCACCUCCACAGUCAUGCAUUCAGCUCCAGGAGCCCACCUGGGUAGGGCUUGCCUUCACACAUGUGGCUUUUCCCUUGUGGGUCUGAGGAUGCAGCUCAGGUCCUCACACUUGCAAGGCCAGUAUGUUACUGACCAACCAUCUCCCCAGCCUAACACCAUUAGUUUUUGUAAGUGAAUGAUGUCUUGUCAUAGUAGCAUCUUGAACAUAGUGGGCUAAGUUAAGCAUUUUGUUAAAAUUGACUUGUUUCUUUGUGUUUUAUAUGUGAUUGCUUGGAAAUUUGCUUCAUCUCUCCCAUAUCUCUAUUGGACAAUAUCACUCUAGAUCAGAAGUGACAAGUCAUGUUUUUUAAUAAAAAAGUUAUUUUAAAGGGAGAGAGAGCAAGUCCUUUGAUCUCUGUAGUUCUAUAGUUGUGCAAAAGAAUCAGACAUGGAUCAAGUGUAAAUGAAAGGGAAUGGCUGCAUUCCAAUAAAACUUUAUUUACAAAGUCAUUGGGUUUGGCCCCUGAGCUAUAGAAAAUGACUUUUUGGUGACCUUGCUCUAGAAAAUAAAUUAGCAAGCUCUGAGUUGCUAGGCUUAAUAUGGGCUCCAGGAGUUGUGUUCCUGAAUUAAUGAACUAGUCUGGUGAAAAAAAUGGGGGAGACAUCAAUGGUUCUUUUGGGACUUCUCAGUUAUGCAUUAGGAGAGGCUGGCUAGCCUGUGAGUCCCAGAAAUCUGUUUCUGCCUCCCUAGCUCUUAGGCUCCAAAUGUGUGCUCCUCUGCUCAGCUUUUUGCACAGGUGCUGAGGUGCUGGGAGUAUACUUCAAGUCCUAGUGCUUCCUGGCUAGCACCUUGCAGACUGAUCUCCAGAGCUCCAGAAGGCUUCUAGCAUUUUCUCUGUCUUUGUCUUUGGCCCCUAGCUGCCUUGCUUAGCAGUAAGAACUUUACUUCUAAUAGCUUGGACCCUAAGAUUUUCUCGCCACAGAGGCUAAAGAUGGGGAAAUGCACAGACGGAAGGAAAACAAAGCCAAACAUUUACUCCGUUCUCAGUACUGGAGGGGCGGGACAUCUGUACAUCAAUAUGUCCUGGGAGGAGGCUGCUUGCUAUUCUGAAGGUCUGGACAACUGGUCUACUGUGGAAGAUUGGAGGCGCUGUCUUGAAGACUUAAUGAUUUUAAAAAAUGACAUAUUCCCCACAGCUUUUUGCUAACACAAACAUAAACAUACACUUUUUCAAUUGAGAGCAAUUAACAUAGAGUGCCUUAGGCCAGGAAAUAAUUAAUACAAAAUUCUGGAGAAACUGCAGCUCCAUGGCUCAUGUUUUCUCAAGGUGGAAUUGCUUUAUUGAAAUGAUCUUGUGAUGUCUAGAGACCUUUCUGCAGCCUGCUUAGGCUGGACUCGAAUCUCUCCACUGGAUCCGUCUAUCUCCUCUUGCAGCCCUGUGGCACUGUCCCUCUGUGUAGCUAUAGAAAACCUCCCAGAGGGCCCUGCAGCAGACACGUGGUUGAUUCUUUCCUAGUUGUUCUCGUGGAUGUUGGGGUCCUUGACUCCAUUGUUCCCAUCCCCCUGUCAAGUGUUUCUGCUCCAUGGAGUCAGAAUUGACAUCUUCCUUCUUGCCUUUCAUAAACGUUCAUUGAAUGCUUACCAUGUGCUGAGCCUACGUGAGUCUGGCACAGCGCUUAACUCACACACUGAUGGAGAAGAGGACCAGGGAAUAGGUCAGUGAAGUAUGCAAGGUCAGGGAGUGAUAAAGGCUGUGAAUACAAUAAAGAAGGGAAAAGGAAUGUAGUGGUGGUGAAGGUGAGGUGUUCCUCUCAGGAAAAGCAGGCAAAGAACUUCUGGAGGAGAUACCCUCCCAGGAUGCUUGACAAAAUUGGAACAGAAGCAGAUUCUCCAGUGACCACUCUGCACUGCCUCUUACCCAGCCACUUGUCUGUCUGACGGACAUCCUCUUGUUAAUGUCUUGACCACACAGAGAAGUAGAACUACGAGACUGACACACAGCAGAUGAGACACUCAAACUCAGGAAGAUGAUGUCUUUAUCUCAAGGGCACCUAGUCCAUCAGUGUGCAGAUGGGGUUUGAACCCAGACACCGGGCCUCAAGUGCUCUUAGUCAACUGCAGGUAUAAAGACUGGGUGAGCAGAACUUUUAGUUACCAUGGCACAAAAUGGAGAGAAACGGCUGAGAAUGGGAAAAAUUUAUUUUACCUUGUGAUUUCAGGGGACUUGGUAUAUUUGGUUGGCUCUGAAUUUCUGGGCCUGAAGUGGAACUGAGCUCCAAGAAUUGAAGGACAUGGUGAAGCCAGCUGCUCAUAUGUCCAUGAGGACACAGAAGAAGCAGGAAGGGCUGGGGCAUGACCCUUCUUUCCAUCGGUGUGCCCUGCCUUUUUCCUCAUUUCCAUCACAUUUCCAAAACGCCCUCUCAUGAGUCCCCAUGAAUGGCUUAAUCAACCGCCAUGAUUUCAGAGCUCUCAGCAACCCUAAUCAUCUCUCAGUUCUGGUGCAAGCCUUCAACCUACGAGCAUUAGGAAGUAAACUUUACAUUCAAACCAUAAGAAAGACAUUGGUUUAUUGAAUAUUUGAUUCCUUGACUUAUUGUCACCUUUCGCUCCUAGAGAGCCAUUGAUCAGUAAAUGCUCAGCACGUUUAGGUAAGUCAAGUGAAGAAAUUGAAAGGAAGAUUGGAAUCUGACCUAGCUAAUAAAUACAUCAGGCAUGUUCAUACAUGCCUGUUCAUACAUGCAAUCAUACAUCAUGUUGGAGAGCAUCCCUUCUCCUCCUUCUCUUUAUCCAACUCGCUCCUUCUUCUCAUUAAAAGGUGAAACCACACAGGAAAUCAUCCCCCACCCCCACCACCAGUGAUUUCUCUGUUAGGAUUUAUGCUUCUACAGUGGUGGCUUGUAACUUUUAGCAGCUUAUAAAAUCGGUCCCUGGGGUGGCCAUUGGAAACCCUUCCUGAGACACCCUUUCGGUGUGCUUUGUCUCAGCUUGCUCAAGAUGCUGUAGUGAAACACCGCAGACUGGGCGGCUUGUCUACAGCUGACAUGUAUUGCUUGCAGCUCCGAGGUCCAGGCACCAGUGUAGCUGGGUUCUAGGCUGCAGACUGGCAACUUCUCUAGUGCCAGAGAGUGUGGAGAGGAAAGCAAGGUGACCAAUGACUUAUUUAAGGACACUCAUUCCAUUCAUGAGAGUUCUACCAUUGUGACCUCACCUAGUCUUAAUUAUCUCUGCAAAGCCCUACCUAAUUUGUGGAGAUUCACUAUAGGGUUUUUGUGGAGACAGAUAAACAACGGUCUACAGCACAGUGCUGUAAUGAAACCCAAGACCAGGGCUGAAAUACCAGGUGCUUAUAACACUUCUCACUUGUAACCUAAUUAUCUCCACAGCCCUAUCUGUAAAUACUGUUAUGUUGAGUAUUAGGGCUUGCAUUAGUGACAGAUAGUCCACAGAAGCGAUCUAAAGAGGAAAAGUUUUGUUUUGACCUGCAGUUCAGAGGGAACUUUGACCAUCUUGGUGGAGGUAGAGGUAGGUGAUUCCAGACUAGAGGGAGCCUGUGGUGUGAGUUGCUCACAGCUUAUGGAUCAGAAAGUCCACACAAAAUGGGAGAUCGACCUCAGGUAUAAUCCUCAAGGCCUGUGUGCUGUAUCUGUCAGCCAGACCUGACUUCCUAGAGCCUCCACUUCCUCUCCAAACAGCACUGUUAUCCGGCAGCCAGGUGCUCAGGCUCACAGAGAAAGAGAGCUUCAGUGCACGUGCUUUAUGGAGUAGAGUGGGACAGAGACAUUUGAUCCACAGUGCAGGUGCGAUUUGAGUUUUCUUUGACUUUUUCUUCUUAAGAUUUAUUUUAUUUGUGCAUGCAUAUGUAUGUGUACAUGUGCGUGCAUGUGUGUGUUUGUGUGUAUGUAUAUGUUUGUGUGUGUAUGUGUGUAUGUGUGUAUGUGUUUGUAUGUGUGUUUGUGUGUGUGUAUGUGCUUGUAUGUGUGUGUAUGUGUAUAUGUGUGUGUGUAUGUGUGUGUAUGUGUUUGUGUGUGUGUGUGUGUGUGUGUGUGUGUGUGUGUGCACGCACAUGGGUCCUGAUGCCAAAAGAGGGCAUUAGAUGCUCUGGAGGUGGAAUAUUAGGUGGUUUUGAGCUACCCGCUGUGGGUGCUGGGAAUAAACUUCCGUCUUCUGUGUUAGUGGUGAGUGAUUGUAAGUACUGAGCCAUUUCUCUAGCCUUAAGCAUCCUUUGACUGAAACUGAGUAGAGGACCUACAUUCCCCUAGUACCUUUCUUCUCUCUUCCAGAUCUGCUCCUGAAUCACCUCUCCAGAUAUUUCAAUUCCAAGGACGCACUGUUUGUAAAAAUUCUCUGAUCUAACCCAGUUGUUCUGUAGAUGAGGUGUUUUAUUAUUUUUUUAUUUAUUUUUUUUUAGAUGAGGUGUUUUAUAAUGUGGACACACUCUACAGAUUUUCUAGUUUCCUGUUGCUGGACAGUUGUUGCUUCUGCUUUCCGCUGUUCUAACUAAAUUAUGAUAGCCUUCCCUCCCAGUGCUCCCAGUCUGUGUGUACCCACAAGUUCCCCUUAGGCAACACCUCAGAAGUAAAAAUCACUUUUGAUUCCUGGCCUGUUGAAAUUACUUUCUGAAGUCUGGCAUUUUAUUUUGUAUGUCAGGAAAAAAUUAGCACCGAGUGUGGCCCUGGGUUCAGAAGUGUGUGCUGGACAUGAUGCAGCUUCAUAACAGAUGUCCUGGGGUUACGCUGGGAGCCACGCUCUGUUGCCAGGUCAAACUCAUGCCUGCUGAUAAUGCUAUUUUGUAUUUGCAAUCCUUUUUUUUUUCUGUUUUUUAAAAAUCGUUUUCAUCUGUUGUGCAACAGUCACGGCAUGAAGUCAGUGGGAGGAGAUGGAUAUAACUUCCAAAGAUCGUAGAGUAUACUGAGAUUUAAAGAGGUUAAGUGACUCGUGAAGCUUGUGUAUGGAGUAAAUGGGAGUACUAGAGACUGCAUCAGUCAGCUAUUAGUGACAACAGUGCUGUAUAACAAAUAGCCCCAGCUCAGCAACUUAUGUCAACAAAGAGCAAGAGGUUCCCUGGUAGCAAGAGACAUUAGAAUAUUCUCUCAAUAUUAACAAAAAGCAGAGAUGCUCAAGUUCCUUUAGAAAAUGACGAAGUAUUUUCAUACAACAUAUACAGUCCUCCUGUAAGCUGAAAUGGUCUCUGGAUCACUUUGAACAUUUACCAUAAUCUAAAUGCUAUGGAAAGAGUUGUUAUAUCCUUAUGACAUAAUCUAAGGAAAAUGUCUGUUUUCAGUAUACAUAAUUUUUUAUAAAACCUUUUUACAACUAGCAUUUUCUUUAUUCUUUGAAAAGAUUCAUGCAAUUUCAUACAUACAGGGUAUCUGGAUUGCAUUCAUACCUACCUGUUCCCUCCAACUUCCACAAGACUCCCCCAACACAUAUACCUCCAAAAUUUACUUAACCAAUUAACUAAUUAUUAAUUUAUAACCAACCGAGUCCAGUCACUGCUGCUAACUGGUGUAGGAGCAUUGGUGUAGGGUCAUCUAUUGAAGCAUGGACAAGCUACUUAAUUUUUAAAACUGUUAUUAAUUUAAAUUAUUUAUUUUGUGUGUAUAUAUGCAUGGACUUUUGCAUGCCACACCAUACAUAUGGUGGCCAGAGAUUUUUUUUCCUUCCUGGGGGUGACAGGAAUCAAACUCAUGUAGGCCUUACAGCAGGCACCCUUACCUGCUGAGAGCCAUGUCCCCUGCUCAUACAUGCUUUUGACUUGAAGGCUGGAUGCCGCUGAAGGGGUUUCAUCCGCCUGUGAAUUGACUUUGAGGAGUGGCUUUAGAUGAUUUCAGAAAGGUCAGAAUGGCUAGGCAACAGGGGUCCGAGCCACAGUGAUGCCAUGUGACGUCAGAAAGGAAGAACUGAAGCCACAGUCCACCGGCACCAGAAGGAAAGCUGCUCUUUAUUGUGAUGGGAAAUGACCAGAAGGCUGUAUGUAGGAGAGACAUCAUCCGGUUUAAGAGCUUAUUUGGUUUGUUUGUUCAGCUCUGGAUCCUGUGACUCCUUUAUAAAAGACAACCUAUAAGUUCUUUAUUUGGCUAAUAAUGAAUUUGAUCUCAAGGAGAGCACUGAGAGCUAGGAGCCACCAGGGAGGUGCUGAGCCUCUCCCAGUGGGUGAGUCUCACUGGUUCAUUGGUCACAUCAUAGAAUCAUUCUACUCUCUGAGGAAAUACUUGCUGAACACUCUCCCUCUUGGAUUAGCACUGGGAAAGACUGGCUGGAACCUUCACAUGAAACCCUAGUCUUAAUCCUCCAUUGUAGCACUCAGAAAAACUGGGCCAUACCUGGUUCCCAGACUCCUGGGUCUAAUCACCAGGAAAGAAGGAAGCAAUUGUUAUUAGAGCUGUCCAUCUUCCAUUUACUCUCUGAGUUCCAUUGUGUAUCAGAGAAAACUGAGGCUUAGAGGACACAAAAUGAGCAUCAGUCAGGUAGACAUAGACCCCAUGUGCUAUCCCUAUGCUCUGCCCCCAGCUCUGCCCCCAGGCCCUGCCCACAUGCUCCACCCACAUGCUCACCUUUAGGCCAACAAUCUCUGUACUCUAAAUAUGGAGUUUGGAUAAGAAAACUAAUGAUGCUUAUUUUGAAUUAAAAAAAUGCCCUUUUCACAAUUAAAAACCAGCCACACAAAGUGAGUUUACAUUGAAAAUUAACUGUUCACAUGUAAAAGGUUCCCCCUUCAGGAGUAAGCAUUAUGACUUCUAAUUAUACAGUAGCCGGCACUACAUAUUUAUGGAAUCUUUGAAGAACUGUUAUAAAUAGGUCUGAGCAGGGCUUGCAUUCCCUGUGUUUACUUGCCUGGUGUGCCCAUUGGCAUUUGGCCCUGAUCUUGUUCAGCCUUGAACUCUAGUUAUGUUCUCUUAUGCUAAUGAGUCAUCUCCCAAGACUCCCAAGACAGGGUGUUCUCUGUAUAUUGUUCUCUUUUUCUCUGUCACGGGACUACACACAGUCUGGGGCACUGGCUAAUAAAUCCGUUGUUCCUCUUCCCUCUGCUCUGUCCGUGACCUCCCGUCUUCUGUCUACUUUAUUCUCCAUCCCUCCCACUCCCUUGCCUUCUCCUCUUCUUCCUUCUCCUUCCCCAUUUCUUUCCUACCUCUCCCCUUUCUUUCCUGCAUGUUCUCUCUCUCCUUAUCCCCUUUCCUUCUACAAUCAUUUUUAUAAAGUGAUUAAUGUUUUGGCUAGAGAGCCAGUGACAGGUCCUGCUGAGACACUAGGUAUGUAAGAACACGUAGUAUACAAGUAUGGGGAUCUAAGUUCAAAUCCUUAGCACCCACAGAAACAUUUUUUACUUGUUCCUCUGAUCCCUGCACUGUGGGAGGCAAAGACUAGCUCAUCACUGGGUCUUGUGGACUACCAGUUUACCUUCAGGUUCAGUGAGAGAUUCUGUCUGAAGGGAAUAAGGCAGGGGAGUUACAGAAUGGGACACCUGGCUUUAUUCCUGGACUUUUGUGUGUGCCAUGGGUACAUGCACACCCCUGCCCCACAAUGAUUCAGUGAUGACUUAGACGGAAUAUGGUUAUCAAUGGUUUCCAUCAAUGGUUCCCACCUAUGAUCAUUUUAAGUAUUCCUUAGAUUGAUACUGAGUGUGUGUGUGUGUGUGUGUGUGUGUGUGUGUGUGUGUGUGUGUUAUAUACUUGUUCAUAUCUUCAUAUGUAUGUAGCUAUGCAUGCAGGUGUUACCUUGGUGUUUCAACCAUUUAUUAAGCAAGGAGCUUCCAUAGACAUCUUCUCAACACCAUAACACUAAUAACAUUAUGUCACCAGGGGGCAUUUGUGUAGAGAGCUGCCCCAGUUGGAGGCUGAGGCCAUCUGACUCUAUUAAGCACAUACUUGUGCUGGGCACCAGCCAUGCACCCAUGAGCAUUCUUAGCACAGCCUGUCAAUGCCAUGCUUGAGCGUGACAAUGGAAGCACAGGACGGUGAGAUGAACUGUCCAAGGUCACCUUUGGAAGGCACCCUGCGGAAAGUCAUCUAGGAAUCUGAUGGUUACUGGCGGAGUGUGUAUUUUGUGUAGUAUAUAUUCAGUGUCGGGGUAUUCUAGAAUAUUCCAAGGAAUGAAUGAGACAAAGACUAAUUCUCUGAAGGGUUGGACACACACCCAUUACUGCUAUUCAGCAUAACGGGAGUUGUAAGUAAGAAAAGGGCCAGGCCCAAGUGAACUACAGAGUUACAGGAGAGAGGAGUCCGGGGAGGCUUUCUGAAAGAGGAGCAGCUGCCUUGUAAGGCCCUGAGCCAGGGUUUGACAGGCAGGUGGAGUGUAGAGAGCCUUGGCAGAGGGAGGGACCAGAGUAUGCAAAGGUGUGGACUUGGCAGUGGAGAAAUCAGGAAGGAAAUGCAAAUGCUCUGGAGGUGACAUCUGGAUGGGGCUGGAGAAGUAGGAGGAGCCAGGUCAGGUAGGACCUGGUCUGGGUCUGUCCGUGAGGGGAAACUAUAUAUCCUAGCUUACUUUCUCACUUAACCGGGCAGUUAGCAUGUUCCAGCCUUGGUGCUAGGGCUUCACGGUGUGUAUUUUGGGCGUGUUGGGCAUGCAUACAGAUGAUGCACAUUUGACUUGUGCCGAGAUAGAAGGAAGACCAGAAUAGAGUUGUAUAGUGAGAUAACAAGCAGCCAGCAAGGGAGUCUGUCUUAGAGGACGUGUGUGUGGAUCGGAGGAGGGGAGUCAAUGGAGAGAGCAGUUGGUAAGGCUGUUGGCAGGGGUGGGAAGGGCCUAAGGUCCAGAGGCACGAUGCAGUGGUGUGUCCGUGUGAGGACAGCAGUGACCAAAAGUAGAGAUGAGGAGUUGGGGGACACCCUGGGGACCAAUCUCCAUAAAGAGAGAUGGAACUGAAGAAGAGGAUGAGACCCCACAAAGUUCAGGAUUCUAACAGAUAGAGUCCCACCAUCCUGCCCAAGAGCGACCUGGGAAACGGCCCCAGAAAGCACAGGAGCACACAGCACUAGGACUCUUUCUCCAGUCACUGCUCUCCCACGAGCCACAUGGUACCAUAGGUGCAGGCUUCAGUGAGCACCACUGUUUGAGCAGCUAUUGCGUGUAUCUGCACAUACUUGCCCAGUGAGUCCUGUAUUCCUGCACAGCUAGGACUGAACACCAAGAGACCUGGCCUUGGCCUAGGAAGAGUAAUUAAAGUAGGAUCAGUCUGGCCUGCCCUGUGGUGAUGUCAGUGCAAAGCUCCCAGCACGGAGGCCUCUGGCUGGGGCUGGACUUGUUUCCUGAGGCCUGGCACUCUGCCUGUCUUGUCUGCACAAGCCAGGCUCUCUCUAGCCAGAUGGAGGCCAGUCCCUUCUAUCACCUGACCAUGGUGUACUGGGGCCAUGCAGCCGCCGCCAUUGCAUACACAAGGUGCCCGUUUCCAGUUUCCUAGAAGGCAGGAAGGGAAAUGAUGCUCAAAGAGGCCCAGGAACGUGUCCAUGGACUGUAGGAUAGACUCGGGCUCUACCCCAGCUCCGUGGUCUCUGCGCCUCUGAUCUUUCUGAGGUUAUUCUGUUCUUUCAGUUGUGCGAAUCAUGUUUUCCAUGUUCCCAUGCUUAUGGCUGAGUACUAUACCCAUCUCAGAUUUAAGCAUCAAAGUCCCGACCUCCACUCUUCCUGUUCAGAGGGCCAUAGGGAGGGGUUGUGUGAAGUGAGCUGAUAAGGACAGACCUCCUAUGAGGAUAGAAGAAGAGGGACCAGAGUUUCGCCUAUUCCGUCCUUUGCAUAUAUAAUAGGAGGGGACAGAAAGAGAAGCCCUCACUAGGAACCAAACCAGCCAUUGAUUUGGUUUCCACUCUUGAGUGUCUAGACAUCACUGUUAUUUAUGCUCCCACUUUAGGGUGUUUUACUAAAGCACCCCUAGCUGGCUAAGAUAACAAGCACAUAGUGCCUUACCACUUGGAGACAAUAUCUCUCCCAGCAGUGCUGAGUGCUGGCCAUUUCGGCCAUCUGGCUUCUCCAUCCAGGGUCUGGUCUCUUUAAUCUCUUACGGUCUAGCACAUUUCCUCCACGGGGGUGUUGAGCGAGGCCUGCAGGGAAUGUGCUUCCUAACACUGGACUCUAGUCCUGUGGCUGGGCCUGGUCUAUGGCCUCCUAGCCUUCUCUGUAUGCUACUUGAGGCACCCUGCUCCCACCAAACCCCUCUUUGCUUGGGUCACAUGGCUGUAUCUGUUGCUUUCACUGCAAUGGGAGGCUGGCAGCAGCCAUAGGCGGGGCACCACCAAGCUAUGCUUGCUUAAUUGUCAGAUGAUCACCUGUUGCAAGUGAGGUGCCAGGCAUGUGUAAUCUGUGAAGAAUGUGGAACCGGCAUCAAGGCAGAGGGAUAUGAAAUAAAAAAGAAAAGAAAGGAAAACAAUUACAAACCUAAGCCCUCCAACAAAACGUGAGGUUUGGAGGCCAGAGGUCAGGCUGCUUUGACCUCCGGGGGCUUGUCUUGAGUGGCAGAGAUGCUGCUUUGGCUUAACAUUGACUACUUGUAAGUCACGGAGACAGACACAACCUUAGAGAGGAGAGGGCCAUUUUGGCUCAGAGAGAGUUGAGUUCAGCUCGUCACAAAGGGUGGGGCAGGUGAGAGUGAAAUGUACGUUCACAUCAAGGCUCCAGCAAAGACUCUCAGCUACAGACGUGCCCUUCGUGGGCCUUCUCCGUGACUCCCAUCUGCCCAUUUUCCAAGUAAUUCAAGGGGAUAAUAGCUACUACUAUCCCCUGUCAUUCUGCAGACGAGGAGACCAAGAGGUAACUAGUUCUCGGUUACAGGAAAGUGCUCAGCCCCAUGUCUUUCCUCUUUCCGGGUCCCAUGGGUGUAACAAGUGGAGUGUAACAGGGAUGGCGAUUUCAAGCUGAACUGCAGGGUAUGACACUGUGGCCCCCAGUUACAGUCCCUCCCUCUAGUCUGCAUGGAUUGGGCUUAGAAACUCAAGUCACAGCCUCAUCAUAAACUCAGUUGAAGCCUCCCUAUGAAGAAGGAGCCUUCAAGGGACCGUUGUCUUAGCACUGAUCAUGGCUCUCACCAGCUGCUGGAGAUGUGCUGGUCUCUACUCAACACCAGAUGGAUCAAGAAUUAGUUCAUUAUCAGAUCUAGUCUGAGACACUGAGUUUAAAGGCAACCAUGGGACCAUGAUACAGCAAAGCCAUUCUUAAAAUGAUAUAAGAACGUGUGCAUGGUUUUCAAGAUCCAAGUCCUUGGUGCAUAGUGGACACUAAACAAAUAUCUAUUACCUAUCCAGAUAAAACAGGUUCCAAAAUAACAACAUGCAUCAUUAUAGGUAUGACAUAACGGAACAAGUCAGUAUAUUAACCAAGAUAGUUUUCCCCAUUUGACAACAAAGUUAACAAUAAUGAGAGAACAGAGUUUAUUAUCUAAAUAACUAAAUGUCCAAAAGCAUCAUGGGGUUAAGGAAUGGUUUGAUCUACCCCUGCCAGUGUUAGCAUUACACGAGGGUGCAUUAUACAACCUACCUGUUUGAAGUCUGCUGAGUGGCUUGGUCAAGGGUAAUAUUUUACAGACACAUCAUCUGGUUUGAAAUGGAAAGGGUUCACAGAUUUCCCAGAUUUUCUGCAACAUGGAGAUGGGCAGAGUUAAAGAACAUUGCGAGGCAAGGACGUUUCUCACUCUCUUCACCUCAGAGAAGUCACUGGAGCUCACCAAGAAGCCAGAGUAGAAUUUCUGCCCUGUUUAUAGCUUGGUAUUGUCAGAAAUCCCAAAUGUGCAAAAAUGGAUGGCUGCAUGUUGUAGCCAUGGGAACUAAUAAACAUAAUAAUCGUGGUGAUUUAAAAAAUAGGAGUCUAGGCUGAUUCAUUCACAUAUUCAUCUGUACCCAUAUCUAUAUCCAUAUGGAUGUAUAUCUCUCUCUCCGAAUAAGCAAUGCCAACAGCAGCAGCGUUGAGAGUGUUUGUGGGCAUGCACGUUAUGUGCAAGUACAUGCAUAUGGAUAGGAGAGGUCAACAUCAGGUGCCAUUCCUCAGGCAACUUCCCUCUUAUAUUUUGAGACAGGGUAUGUUACUGGCACUGGGGAUUCACUAGGAAGGCUGAUCAGUGAGUCUCAGGGAUCUCCCUGUCUCCCCUGUUCAAUGCUGGGAUUAAAAGUGCACACAUGUGACGUUUUCACAUAGGUUUAGGAUCAAACGCUGCUCCCCAUGCUUCAGAGUAAAGAUUUUAUAUGCUGAGUGAUCUCCCAGACCGACAACAUAUUUGUAUACCUGUAGCCAUGCGUUUCCCCUGGAGGUCCCUUCUUAUUCCUUGAUAGUUUCCUCUUAUUUCUCUCAGCCUCUGUCUCUGUCUGUCUCUGUCUCUGUCUCUCUGUGUCUGUCUGUCUGUCUGUCUGUCUCUGUCUCUCUCUCUGUGUGUGUGUUUGUCUCUUUCUCUCUCUGCAUGUGUGUGUGUCUGUCUGUCUCUGUCUCUCUCUGUACAUGUGUAUGUGUGUGUGUGUGUCUGUCUGUCUCUCUGUCUCUUAAAGGAUUGUCUGACUGAGAGAAGAUGUAAUUCUUGGCUUUCUGGGUCUUGGCUUAUCUGACUUAACAGAUGGUCUUCCUUUUCAUCCAUUUUCCUGUAAAUGACGUUAUUUUGUUCUUCUUAAUGGGUGAAUAAUAUUUCACUAUAUCAUAUAUUUUAUUCAAUCAUUCAUCCAUAGAUGGGCAACUAGGCAAUUACAUACCUUGGCAAUAGUGCUCUGAUAAGCAGGUAUAUAUACAUAUAUAUGUAUAUAUCUCAAUUGUAAGUGGCACUGAUAUCUCUGGGUAUAAAGUAAGGAGGAUAGAGUAGUGGUUCUAUUUUUAGUCUUUCUGAGGAAUCUCCAUAAUGAUUUCCUUAGUGGCUGCACUAAUUAAUAUUCCUGUCAGUGAUACCUAAGGCUUCCUUCUCUUCUCUCACCUCAUCUUUGCCAACUGAAGAUCUCCUAAAAUUCCAGGUCCCAGAGCUGUGAACAUCCCACAUCAAGCAAAUUACGAUUGCUUGGGUGGGACUGAGUCAUUACUCUGAAGCUUCCAGGAAAUCUCGAUGUAGACUCUUUUGGAAAUUACUGGUCUCAGCAUCCAUUAUCAGGUGGGCAAAUAGCUACGUUAUGAUUUACUAAUACAGUGAAUUACCUUGCAGUGAUUGUAGUGGCUGGACUGUGCCAGGAGACAUGAACAAAGUGUUUUCUGCAGCAGUAUUCAUAAAAGCCCCACAUGGGAAGCCACCCAAACAUCCAUCUCUCUCGGAAUGGGUAAAUAGACUGCAUUGUAAACACAAAAUGGAGUACCAUGGAUCAGCCAGAACGAACAGCUACAACCGUACGUACGAACGAUUUGUAUGUCUCGCAAACAUACCUGGAGGUAAAAGGAGACACCAAAGUGUGCGUGCUGUACAUCUUAGGCUAUGUGAAAGCCAGGAAAAGGGAGUCUGUAAACAUCUCUGCCAAGAGCCCGAGAGUGAGUGUUGUGGGUUCAUAAGCAGUGUGGCGCCAUGUAGCUGCUUAGCCCUGCAAACACAGCCAUCGAGGAGGGACAAAUGAGUGAGUGGCUGCGCUCCAGUCAAACUUUAUUCAUAAGCUCAGGAGGGGCAUGGGCUGGACCCACCACUCCUGCUGUACUGCUAUUUGCUGCUCUGUAUUCAGCAGCAAUGGGCUCAUGGUGAAAGUUCUGUGUAACUCAUCAUCAGGUGCUAUAGCUUCUGGGACCCCGGAAAUGAGUUAAAAUCCCUGGGUACUGAUUAUUCACUCUGUUGACGUCGCUGUGCAUUUGUGAAAUGUGAGCUUUUCCCACAUGUUCUCCAACGCUUGCUUUACAAGAAACGGAAUGAGUGAGCUAGAGUAGAGACUCUGGCAACUAUAUUAAAACGUAAAACAUUAAAAACAUACAACAAAUUGCUGAGGGACCAUAAGGUAGAUUAUGUUAUGGUUAAAAAGAUAUAUAUGAGAACAAUCACCACCAAGUUUAGGGAAGUGGGAUCUUGGGAUCUAGAAUGAGGAAGGAAACUGGAAUUGGGAGUGGACAUGGGCUUGAUUGGUGAAAUGUAUUCACUUACUUGUGCCACUGGGACUUGAACACAGAACUCUCGGUGUGCUAGAUAAGUGUUCAACCAUUGACCUACAUCUCCAAUCCUCUUUACUUGUCUGGAAAUUUGAGACAAAGUCUCACUCAGCUGUCCAUUUGACCUUGAACUCACUCUAGUCUAGAUUAAUCUUGAACAUGUGGUUCUCCUGCCUUGGUUUCCUCAGUAGGUGGGGCUAGCAGUCUUAGCCACUAGGCUCGGCUGAUCUUUUACUUGCUAAGGUCAGUGAGUCACAGACAGGCUAGGCUUCACUAAGUUGCUCUUCUCAAGUGAGUGAGGUGGCUGUUCUCCAAUAAAACUUUAUUCAUAAGGACAGGUGGCAUUUUCCUCCAUGUGUCAAAGAUCUUAGUCAUAACAGCAGAAAGCAUACCUAUGUCCUGUGUGUGUGUGUGUGCGCACGUGCGUGUGUGAGUGAGUGCGUGCAUGCGUGUUAACAUGGACUCAGAAUAAUACAAGUCCGUGUGGAUGAAGACUUGAUGCACAGAGGGUUCUCAUGGGAUAUUUGCUGAUAAACAAACAAAAUGUUCCUCCCUGGGGCAGUCAAAGAUUGAUGAAGGAGUACAGGCUGCAUAGUAGCAGAAACAGGGCCUCUCUGUUAGUGGAGUCAUGACAGGCAACUUGGACACUGCCAAGGCUUCCCUCUUUCCCCAGUUCUUAAGACAUGAUCAUUUUUGUCUCUGUGUUUGGCAUGUAUGUGUGCAUGCAUGUUUGCAUGCUUGUAGGUACAUGUGUUGGGUGGGUUGCAUGUACUUGUGUACAUACAGGCUGUAGGAAUUUGUCAGAAGUCUGCCAUCAUGUUAGUUGAAGCAGGCCCAUCAGUUGAUCCAGAGCUGGCCAAUACAAUUAGUCUGGCUAGCUGCUUACUUUGGUGACCCUACAGGUUGGCCAAUCUACCUGCCUGGAGUAUUGGCUAUCAGGGCCGACUGUGUGAACUUUGGAGGUUUGAACUCCAGGACUCAUGCUUGCUCAGUAAAUGCUUUAACCAAGCCAUCUCCCCAACCCAGGACAUGAUUACUUCACAGCCUAAAUGAUAGGUCUAAAAUCUUGGGGGCAGAUAUUUCAAAGAUGGUGCUUGCUGCUCGUGCUUGACCUUCAAAAGGUCAAUGUGAGAAGGCUGUAGGGGCCCCUUUUGCUCAUUGGUUCUACAGGGCUGUCUAGAAAAUCCCCACGCCUCUGUCAGCAGCCAGGCAAGCUGAGAUCACUCCUGAUCACAGACAGGGAAGAGGCCAUGUGAGAGACAGAGGCUGUGCCUUGCAGGGUUUGAGAGGCGGGCAAAAACCCGGCUGUCUGUUGGCUGACUUCCCAGACUGGGAUGGAAGAAAGGUCUUCCCAUGAAGCAUGAGUCAGCCCCUGAAGCUCGGGUAGGGGAAGGGAGGGAGGGGAGCCUCAUUUGGUGCAUAAUUGGGGAGGCAGGCUUCCUUCCUUUGCUCUGGAAAUGAUGUUGCUUAAAAAAUUCAUGAAUCCCCUUACUCACGCUGGGCUGUCGUGUAGAUCAUUGCCUCCCAGGAGCCCAAGCACCAGGGGACCUGCUUGGUGCCCUGUUAUUUAUUUAUUUUUUACUUUCAUAAUUAUCGAUGCCAUUAUCAUUGUCUGGAUCUGUGAAGCAAUUAAUCAAAGCAGCCGAAAUGGGAAGAAUCUUAGGAGGAAUGGAGAGGAAGCCAGUGUUUGCAGACUUCCUCUCUCCUUUCUGGCUCAGUGUUCAGCUCAGUUUUAGUUGGACCCGUGGGGUUAUUUCUAUUAGCUUUUUCUUUAGAGAGUUGUCUCAUGGAUUCUAGGCAUAGUUUUGCAUUAUAUUUAGCUUACUUAUUCCAUAAAGCAGCUUGAGUUCUUCUCUGCCAGACACUAUUCUAGACGCUGGGGAUAUGGUUGUAAAUAAAUUGUGUGUGAGUGUGUGAGUGUGUGCACGCGCACUCAUGAAAGUUUGUGUGCCAGUGUGCGUGCACAGGCGUACAUGUGUAAGUGUGAGCAUGCAUGUAUGUGAAUACAUGUGUUCAUGUGUGUGUUACUCUGUGUGUGUGUAUUAUGUAUGCCCACAUGGAAGUUUGUGUGUGCCAGUGUGUGUGCACAUGUGUACAUGUGUAAGUGUGAACAUGAAUGCAUGUGAGUACAUUUGUUUGUGUGUAUGUGUAAGUGUGUGUGUGUGUGUGAGAGAGAGAGAGAGAGAGAGAGAGAGAGAGAGAGAAGUGGAUAAUGAUGUAAACUAAUAAGUAAUUAUGAAUACUUUUACUAGUUUUAAGCACUGGCAUUGGAAAGGUAGGGAGUUUAGGGAAGAUGCCUGGAAGAAGUUCUCUGAAUUAGAACAUGUCUGUUAAGAAGAAAUGCAGUAAAAGAGUGGAAGAGCAUUCCAGCCAUGGGAAGCCAUUGGUCCAAAGGGCUCGAGGCAGGAAAAACAUACAAGUUCUAAAGCUGCAUAGAAAGCCAGGGUAGUAAGGACUAGAUGACUGUGAGUUGUAAUGACACCCAAUGAAGUGAAGAUGCCAGAAGGAGGAUGCAGAGAAAAAUCCUACAGACCCCAGGAAGGAGUUGAGCUGGUCCUCUAAGUUAGCUGUGCUCAGUAGAAGUUUCCAUGGUGAUGAGAAUACACUACAUCUGUUCUGUUUAAUGUGGCAGCUACUAAUUAUAUACGGUUGUUGGUCAAUGGAUACCUGAUGAGUGCAGCUUAGAAAAUGAAUUGUUUAUUUCAUUUAAUGUUAAUUAAUUCCAAGUUAAACUUGAACAACUGUAUGUAGCCAUUGGCUGUCAGGUAGAAUAGUGAGCACAGCAGUAAGUGAUCCAGGAAACAGUGAGGAGCUUGGGAGAGUGCAUUGGAUUGUCUGUGACUGGAGAAUAGAUUUUACAGCAGCAGUAGAUGCAGGAGUAACACCCUCCUGACUGCCCCCUGCCGGAAAACCCCCAUUCUCCCCAGUAACACCCCCUGAUGAUCCCCCCUCCCCUCCCCUGUGUAAUACCCCCUGGCCCCCCUCCCCCACACACCACAUAAGAAGAUAAAGACUCAUUCUGUCUGAAGAGUGCUCAGCCCUAAAUGGAACAUCUAGAUCCUCCUCUCACUUCAAGUGUCAGGGAAUGUUUCAGAAAUACAGCAGAAGAUUGGUUUUAGGGGACUGCUGGGAAAUGGUGUCUUGUGAACAGAAUUGGGCUACUGCAGUCAGAAACUCCCAGCAGCUGUGGCUGCCUGCACAGGACCUGACCAGAGGGACAUGGUGGUUUCAGCACAGAGCCUUCUCAGUAACUGGGCAUGGAGAGAUCUGAAAGAAGAAAAGAGUGGAAAGUAAACAGACCUCUCCAUGCCCACCAAGGGCUACAGAUGCUGGGGAAGGCUGUGAGUUGAAUAACUUGCAUAUGUGUAAAACACUGGAUUUUACAAGCACUUCACCUACAAAUGACUGAUUCCUGGGCAAUUUUGAGACAUCAACGUUGCUGCUGAGAUCCUUCUGUGACAGGGUGGUGGCAUUGAUUUGGAUCCAGGGAUAAAAAGCUGAACUAGGACUUUGGUUUUGCGUAUUCUGCUGUCUCUUUCCCUGACAGUUGGCUCUAUAGAUGUGGGAAAAGCUCUUCUUUUGUCCAGAUACUAGUUGGGUGGUUGCUAAUCUUCAAACACUUUUAUGGACUGCAGCAUGAGCCUGCUCUUACUUUCCUACAAGGACCCAGAAAGAACCCUGAAAAGGAUUACAGGUCAGUUCUCAACCCUCCUAAUGCUAUGACCCUUUAACACAGUUCCUUGUGUUGUCCUGAUCCCCCAACCAUUAAAUUAUUUGUGUUCCUAUUUCAUAGCUUUAUUGUGAAUCAUAAUGUAAAUAUCUAUGUUUUCCAAUGGUCUUAGGUGACCCCUGUGAAAGGAUCAUUUGACCACCAAAAGGGUCAUCACCCACAGGUUGAGAACCACUGGUCUAGGCGGAAGCUCUUUAGUAUGAUGGUGGGGAUUUGUUGAUGUUAAGUAAUAGAAACUCAACAUUGGCCAUUCUUAGGAGCUAAAGAGCAUGACCUGGACAGGACUGGGUCAGGGGAGCUCCUUGGACCCUGUAGCAAACAGUGAACCUCUGUCUGGUCUCAGUCCUUGUACUCAAAUGUCUGGGGCUGAUAUUACGGGGCAGAGGCAUGUCCUUCUACAAGCUUCUACAACUCCUUGGCCAGGUGAGAGCAGUCAGUCUUAAUUGAUUUAUCUACUGAAGUACUACUCAGUGGAAGAGAGAUAUUUAACAAAAGGAAACCUGACCAAAAAUGGGGGCAUGGAGACUAUGCAGGCAAGAGUGAUCUUGGUCUCCUGGAAAUAGUUUAUACUUCUUGAAAAUUAAGAAAGUAGUUCACGAAUAUACAAUUCCUACUGAUUUCCAGUUCUAAGCGAAGUCUCCUAGCCACAGCUAUUCACAGAGAUUUUUAGGUCAUUCCACGUACAAAAUUAUUUACUAUCUAUAUUUUCAUAGCUCAACUCAAAUCUGUUCAUAUCUAAUAUUUCUGUAUUUGUAUUUAUCUGUGUCUAUGUCAUCUAUAACUAUCUGGAUCUAUACAUAUAGAUUUACAUUAAAAAUUUUGGGUUGCUAUAAAGUUUGUUGAGAUUCCAACAUUUGUGUCUUGUUAGCCAAAUAUGCAAAAUAUUUACAUCCAUCCAUAUAAUAAGUAUUCGUUAAAUGUCCUUGUGAGCAGACACUGUACUCACUGUUAUGAAUCAAAAGUCAUAUAUAUAUAUGUACAUAUAUAUAUAUAAAAUAUGUUUCUCAGCUCAGGAUCAAGUGUGUACUGUCUCUUUACUGAUAACUUGCACUAAAAUUGGGCCUAAUACAAGAGAGAUGUGAAAGAUGUGUUAGUUCUUCAAGUAUAUUUAUCAAAACUUCAAGAACAAAAUGUCAUUGUGCACUCAGAUAAGAGUUAUUGACUCUAUUAGCAUGAUUUGAUUUAUGGAAGUCAUGUGUUUAAGGAUUAAGUAGGUGAUAACGACCAGGGAAAAUAUUAGCUGACAGACAAAAGAGUGGACCAUGGACAGGACUGCUCUCCGUGGGUCAGAGAACAGAUGUGAGGGUUUUGAGUGGGUGGGGGAGGAGCAGGCAAGGGAUGAGUGAUGAUCCAUUAAGGUUCUGGUUACUGGUGAAGGAUAGGAAGGCAUACUCUGUGGCCUAAGUAAUAAAGAAGGGCGAGAGAUUCAUUUAGUGGCACAGUGUUUUUGUCAGUAAACAUUAGAUAGAAAUUUACAUUUACAUUUUAAUUCUUUACUAAAUCUGACAGUUCAGAGAAUCCCAACUAACCACCGUUUUACUGUGGGUCACAAUUAGUUUCACUUAGCAACACAUUGGAGCCAAUCACUAGUUGCUGACCCAUCUCAAAUUUCCACUCAUUGCUUUAGCAAGAGAAACUCAUUAACUUUUACAGAAGAUGGUCCUUCAGAUUUCCAAACCUAGAAGAGUUUGACAUUGAAUGUUCUGUGUGUAUGUGUAUGCUCACGAGUGUAUGUGCAUGUACAUGCGUGUGACAUGUGUACAUACAUGUGUGUACACAUGCGUGUGUGCAUGUCUAUGUGUGUGUUCAUGAUUAUGCACGUUUGUGUGCAUGUGUAUGAGUUUGUGUGUGUGUGUAUGAGUAUUAUGUGUAUGUGCAUGUGCAUGUGUUUGUGUGUGUAGGCCAGAGAUAAUGUCAGGUGUAUUUCUCAAACAUUUUCCACUUAACUUUUCUGAAUCAGAGUCUCGCAAUCAACUAGAUCUUAUUGCUUUGACUAGCCUGGAUGGCCAGCAAACACCAGGGGUCCUCCUGCUCAUGUCUCUUAGUACUGGGAUUACAGACACACAUGGCUAUAUGCCUUUUUACAUGACUUCUGGGGGCUGAACGCAGGUCUUUACACUUGUGUGACAAGCAUUCUACUGAUAGCCAUUCCCUAACACCUUUCAUAAGAGAAUCUUACUCUGGUAAGUACUCCUGCAUGUAAUUACUCCUGAUGGAAACUGGGAGCGAUGCUUAAAUCCUCCAACAUUAAGGUAUGUUUGAUAUUCGGACCAAACUGCUUGGUCCAUUUUCAGGAUGUCCCUCAGGCAUUCCAAGUGUUCUGAGUGUACCUACGACCUCCCAAUUCUUUUGUUUCAAUGAAACUCAGCAAAAUUUUAUUUUUUCAGAGUGAGACUGGCCAGAUUUCAGGCAUGGCUCUGCCUUGAAUGUCACCUUGAACGGGAAAAGUAAAAUGACACUGUGGACAUGGGCAGAUGCAGUUGGGACUUGGUGGAGGCCCAGAGGUAGGCCUUUAGUUAGAGAUAGGACUGAGGAUAAAGAUGAGGCUGUACGACUUCCGCAGAGGAGGAAGUGUCGGGAGAAGAGAAGACACGGCAAGCAGACAGUAUACCAGACAUUUUUUUCCCAUGCAGUUAAACAUAACUGCAACUUGCUGUUUCUGAUGACGUAUGGGUUCAUGCCUUUAAGAGCGACUGCCCCAGGCAGGGCAUUCUUGUCCUUUUUCUUGAAGAUUGAAUGUACUUAUGAUAUAGUGGAGACUGCAGUGGCUUGAGUUGUGGAUGGAUGAUAGUGGCUUUUGAGUAAGUAGACAUGGAAGAAAUGGCCGUGUUCUCAGAGCUCACAACAGAAGCCUUCAUGCUGCACAGCACACAGAUGAGCUUGGGAAACCAGGGGAAGAUUCAGGGAAACUGACACUAAAACUUAGUUGUGAAGAUGGAGAGGAAGUUGAGUGGACGAAUAAGAUGAGGGCAGAGGUGGGACCUUUGUAGAGGGACCACAUGGUGAGGAGACAGAUGACAAAGAAGCAGGGGACGGUGGUAACAAUGUAACUGCUGGAAACAAGCAGAUGUCAUGGUGGCAUAAGCUGCUCUCCAGAAAUAGAGUGGAAUCCUGCUCGGUGUCUGCACCUAGACCACAGCAUCAUUGACUGUCACUAACGGUGGCUAGAGCUCCUUGGACCACUCGCUAUUCAUUCUGGUAGACUGAUCUGAGAGAUGUGGCCUUAACAAGACUUACCUCGCAGAGGGAACAUGGCCUAAGAACUCAAGCGGGACUGUAACCGACGCAUGUGCAUUAUUUGAAGCACUCAGAACUCAAUUAUACUCCACACGGUAAAUAAUGUUAUGAACCUGUCAGUUUGUAUCCAAACCCCAAACCAAAGGCCAACAGUGAGAAUUACCGCUACGUAAAGUUCUCAUAAACAACCACUAAGACCAGUUCCUGUUUCCAGGAUAAUCCACUUAACGUCUACUGUAAAUGAUGUCAUCAGGAGCUUGGAAGAGAUUUCUAACCUUCAGUUAUAGUUUGAAGUCAGCGUAAUAUGCUUGUUCUUCCCUAAGAACCAAACAUAUAAGAAAGUGAGGAAUUCUGUAAUAAUUUUUUUCUUCAAAACUGUAUUCACUGGAAUAUAACAAUGUUUUCAAGUCCCACACUGUGUUGGGUCUCCUGACCCCGCCCUCUCCUUUCCUGUGUCAGCAGCUCCUUCUUCAAGUUGGGUCUAGGCUGCCGGUGCACCCUCUCUGCCUGUCUUUCUGUGUUUAAUUCUUCCCACCGUGGUCUAAGUAAUUCUCUCUUAUUUCAUAAGGUUUUGGAAUGGCUGCUGUAUUCAAGACAGCACUCUAGGAGGUUUGUUUUAUUAUUUUAUUUUGUGUCUUAGGCAUAUAAAAUUGGAUUGGCCAUAAUUGUUCGUGUCUAACUCCCGUGUUCUGUGCAGUAUUUACUUCUGUCUAAUUGAUUGUGCUUACCAGUUAGAGUCCCACGCACCGACGCAGUAAGGAUGGCAAAGCCCAAACUGUAAUAAUAUUCUGCGUCUCACACAAGGCUCGCCACCAAGAGCCAUCCAUCCACUCCCAUCUGAGCACUUGAGCCUCUGUUGCAUUCCCUUUGUCUGUCUUUUAUUAGGGCUGCUUUUGCUCUCUGAAAUGCGUGCACAUCAUCUUUUGGAUUUGCUUGUCUUUCUUUCUCUUCCACUUACUAAAACCCAUCUGUAAUGGCUGUAGCUAUAACGUCACUUAUUCCCACUGUUGGAUAUCCAUCUUAAUUUAUUUCAGUAUGUCUCACGUUUAGCUUCUAAUCCUUGCUUUGCUUUUUAAAAAUUAAGGUUCCUAUCUUCCCUCCCGGCUGUCUCCUGCAUUCUGUUGACAUCCUGUAGACCAACGGGUUUUGAAUUUCAAUAUACAGUCACAUUAUCUAGGGUGUCUCGUGAGACCACAGUGUCCGCCCCAGUGUGCUAUGGGUACAUGUUUUCCUUCCCAGCAAGCUGCGCACGCAUGCUUUCCAAGCGGAGAUGAUGCCGAUGCUACUGGUUCAGGACAACUGAGCAGAGUCUGCCAGCUCUGUGUCUAGGUUUGGGAUGGAGCUGCAUGGGAGGAAACUUGCUUACCUGAGCUUGAUCCUCAGCAUAGUAAAACUGUAUUAAAAACAACAACACAAGGGGUUGGGGAUUUAGCUCAGUGGUAGAGCGCUUGCCUAGGAAGCGCAAGGCCCUGGGUUCGGUUCCCAGCUCCGAAAAAAAAAAAAAGAAACAAAAAAAAAAAAAGAAACAAAAAAAAAAACAACAACACAAAUUCUGUUUUUCAGGUGUAAUUUCUCCUUUUUUUUUUUUUAACUUGGCCUUAAUUAUUACUCUUUAAAAACAGCAUCAACACACUUAGUACAAUUUCUUGCUGGUAUAUUUCCUUUUAUUUAGAUAAUUUAUGCAAAAGUGUGUGUGUGUGUUUGUGUGUGUGUAUGUUUGUGUGUGUGUGUUUGUGUGUGUGUAUGUUUGUGUGUAUGUGUAUGUUUGUGUGUGUGUUUGUGUGUGUGUAUGUUUGUGUGUAUGUGUGUGUGUAUGUUUGUGUGUGUGUUUGUGUGUGUGUAUGUGUUUGUGUGUGUGUGUGUAUGUUUGUGUGUGUGUGUGCGUGCAUGUGUGCACCUGACUGUGUUAAUGUGGAGCUCUAAGAGACUAUUAGACAUUCUACUGUGAUACUCGCAUCCUGACUGCCUUGAGACAGAGUCUCUUCUUGAAUCUGGAGCUAGGAUUGACAGCCAGAAAAUCCCAGAGAUCUUCCUGUCUCUACUCUCUACAGCACUGGGGUUACAUGCAGAUAUGGAGGCACCCCUGGCUUUCUACAUGAAGGUGGGAGAGUUGAACUCAGGUCCUCUCACUGGUGUAGCAAAUGUUCUUACCCACGAAGACAUCUCCACAGCCACUGAAGAGUGUUUUUAAUUUGAAAUUUCUAUGAUGAAUAUCUGAGGUAUUGCUUGUUGGAAAUAUUUCAACAUAGUUAUACGUUUGAAUGGCAGCUUAAAUUGGACAUAAUAUUUUUUCCUACUUUAACCAUUCCCUAAGAUAGAUUCAUGUGUUCUUGCCAUUAUUAUUAUUGCUGAUGAAAUAUGUUCAUUUCCAUUAAAACAACAACAAUGACAACAGCAACAGCAGCAACAACAAUAGCAGCAGCAAUAAUAAUAACAACAACAGCAUCCACAGUAGCAGCAGCAGCCACAAGGACAGCAGCAGCACCACCUUGAUCUGCUUUUUUCCCUGGAAGUUCAUAGAAUUCUGUUUUGUCUUCAAUAAACUCUGCUUUACUCCAGUUAGCCUAGAUAUGCAAUUUUCUUCAUUUCUAGUCUUAGGAACUUUAAAAUAUUGGAGAACUAUUUAUCUGUCUAUUUAGGUACUCAUUCUCCUAAUUUUUUCCUGGGCAUCUGUGGCUGUCUUCUCUUUCAUAUCACUGAGCUCCUAACUUUCUCUCUUGUCAGUUUCCUUCCUUCCUCUUACCUGCCCGUGGGUUACCUCAUUCUUCAGUUCUGUGUAUCCUGAGUCCAGUUAUCCACUACUUGUGAUCUUUCUAUUAACAUUUUCAUUCCUGGAUGCUUAAACUAGAUUCUUUGAAAUUCCUUCUUUUUUAUAUUGUUCAAUCAAAGUAACUUUAAAAAUCUUCACUAAAAGAAUAACUGUCUGAGUCCAUCUGGUCUAAUAAUUUUGCUGUUGUUGGACCCUGUCAUCUGUUGUGCUGUUUUCUCUAGAAAGGUUAAACUUCUCAAAUAUCUUCCACCCUGUGUCUGUGAGCUAAUUUUGGCAGAGUACUCAUUGUGCUAAGGAGGUAACAGACUUAGCUGAUGGUCAGUGUAGAUGGUUAAGGGCAGACUUGUCAAUCUGUCCUAGUGACCCUGGGAAGACAGGAAUGAGUACAAGAAGGCAGAACUCCCCACACUGGCUGCCCAGUCACUCUCAAGCCUCUGUAUCUGCCCUGUUCUAUCCCUCGUAGAGACUGGACAGCAGGGCUUAGCUGCACAUAUAGCACUAUUCUCCCUGGAGUGACAGCGGGCCAGCCUCAAGAAUGAUGUCUUUAGUUUGCUUUCUGGCCUAUUCUUUAUGGUCAGGAUUCUCCAGAUGCCCCAAAAGUCUCUCAUCAGUCCUCAGUCCCCUCAAUCAAUCAUGGUUUCCCAUGUUUUUCUCCAUCUUACUUCCAGUCAACCUAUUCAGAUAUAUCUAUUCCAUUUCCAUUUGACGAGUCACUGUGUUCCCUAGGUCUGUGAUUAAGGCCAGCAAUGGAGCGGGGACCCAGAACCACAGCUAGAGCUCAGGAUCUUGCUCAGAAUUAGUUAGAAAUCCAGAUCUUCAACCUGCUCAUUAUUUGUUGUGGAAUUGUGCCCUGUCCCCUCAAAAUUAUGUAUUACACCCAUAACCCCCUUUAUCUUGCUAUGUGACUUCAUUUGGAGAAAGGGUCGUAAGGAGGCCAUUUAAUUGAAGUGAAGUCAGCCCUGGGUAGGCUUUGCUCAAGUAUGAUUAUCUCCUCUAGUUACCUAAUCUAAUGCACAUGCAUACGGAGAAUGGCUAAAUAGAGAAAUGAGGGCCAUCUGUAAGGCAAGAAGAGAGGCCUGAGACAAGGCAACUGGUGACAGCUUCCUCUGGGCUUCUAGGCCUGGGAAACUGUGAGGAAGUGAGUUUCCAUUGUAUCACCUGGUUGUGCUACUUUGUUACAGCAGAUUGAAUAACUAUUCUUUCUCAAAGAGAGAUGGCUCACCCCUCCCCUGCUGCACAGCUCUCAGUGCUGCCAACACCACUAAGCUGCAUGGGAAGCUCACGGAGUGGACACUAUAGGCCAGAGUCCACAACUGAAAGGUUAGAUUCAGCUGUUCAACAGGGCAGCCAACUACCUCCUGUAACAAUUGAAAUUGAAAUUGAUUAAAUUAGAUAGAAUUAAAGAUUCAAUUUCUGAGUCACGACAGCCAAAUGCCAAGUAUUUAGUUUGUGGCUGCUGUGUUGGACAGAGCUGAUUAGAGCCUUUCCAUCACAGCAGAAUGUCCUGAUGGGCAGCAGCUCAUUGGAUCGUCUUGCCACUCAAGAGAACCACCUCUCCUUUCUGAGCACAGACUGUCACUCACAGUGUGGCCCUGGCUUACCUUUUAAGCCUUACUUUCUGGUGUUCUCUUCAUAAGCCCUUAUCUUCUGAUUUUAACCAGUACCCCAGAGUCCCUCACUGAGGCACACACUAGAACCCUGUGUGCAUAUAUGCUUAUCUGUCAGACACAGCUCCUGUGUCUCCCUUAACUUUCUAGGCUAGACAGGGCACCCCCUUCUGUAAUAUGUUUUUCACUUUCUUGCAUUGUUUGCAGCAUUUGCCCUGAUGUUGUGAUGGCUUCCCCCAAGUAUGUAUCCGGCAGGGUGAUCUCUUGUUGUAAGUUCUUCUUCCCCAGUGAAUCACUGACACUUGGGAAGGUAUGCUAUACACGAACAAAUGCACGAUCAAGCUGCUCUCGCCCUAUACCCGGCCUGUUCCAUUCUCACAGAAGAAGGGGUGAAGAGGUAGUCGGUCUCUUUAAAAUUCUGCAUCAAAGAUUGAUGUAAUAGCUUAGCAGGUAAAGGAGCCUGUGGCCAAGUCCAACUACCCAAGUUCAAUCUUGACAUCUCAUGUGGUUGGACGAGAGAUGUGUUCAGAGAGAUGACCUCUGUCUUUCACAUGGGCACCAUGAUAUGUGCCCUGUCACUGCUAAAUAAAAUUUAGUUAUGAACUUGAACCAAAAGAUAUCAACAGUCUUGCCAGGUGCACAGGUGCUGAUGGAUAAUGGUGGGCUCUAGUCCAAUGUAUUAGCGUCCUUUGGAUAUUACUUAGAAGCAAAUUGAAGAAGGUCAUUUUGCUGUUUUGCAAGUCUACUGAGGCAGGACAGAGCCACACACAGUGACCUUCAGACAGACAGACAGACAGACAUGUACACAGGAGUGGGAAGCUGAGAGAUCCAGAAACAGCACAUGGGGACAGGGCCAAGGGUGGAACUUUGGAUGGUUGAAUCCCAGCUCUGUGUCUGACUAGCUGUGUGAACUUGGAAUUUUCUUUAAUUUCCCAGAGCUUUGGCUUUUGCAUUUGAAAAAUGGGCAGGUUAGUAUUUUAGAAGCUUCUCACGGAUGUAGCAUAGUUUCUAAUACACAAUGGGGCCCUCAGUAAAUAAUAUGCUGUAUGUGGAACCAAUCGCUUGAACCCUUAGCUCCCUGGCUACUGCCUAUGAAACUCUGGUCUCUAGAUUAAACAUGUUCAAAAAGAAUCCCCUUGGUUGGGAGCCUUAUCUCUUUAUCUUGUAACCAAAUGGUGCUUGAUUGAUGAUUAAUAGUGUUGAUUGUAGCCAUUGGCUCCUGUUCAGACCCUUAUGUGGUUUCCUACUCUACUUGUUACUGAUAUAUGUAUUUUAUUGAAACAUCUGAUAAUUAACAUAGAUUCUAGACUUUUAUUCCACGUGGGGAUCCCACAUGGAAUUUGGUAUGCUUCCCGGCUUUUCCAGUCUGAGACCCCUGGCCUCCCAACCAAUUUCCCCUUGUCAAUCCAUCAUUCACACAGAAAUGUACUUCUCUUUAAGCAUCCUAGCACCUAGCAAAUUAACAGAGGUAUACUGUGCAGCAGAGAGAAAUGAGAGACAUAUUCAGGAUCUGUAGCAGCAAACAUCAGAGUCUCUGAAUUGUUUUCAGUCAUGCUUCUUAUAGAGACUCUUACAUGAAACCUCAGCUGCCUUUUAUUUUGCCCCCCAAAUAUAAGCUCAAUUUUCUGAAGUUGGGAGAACAGUCAAAUUCCCCUUAUUUGCUAAUGUCUGUUUGAUAAAACUGGAGUUUCACAGACAAGUUACUAAAUUGUGCCUUUCUCUUUAGAAGAGGGAAAGUGGAUAUUUCCCAUAGAUUAAAGCCAUAUUUGAGUAAUCAACUCCUGUAAAUGGUCCUAGAGAUAAUCUUUAGGAUAUCAGAAAAAGAUAGGUUUUUUUUUUCACCUUAAAUAGCAAAGAAAUUGGUUCUCCAGGUUUAAAGACUAAAGUUUGAGAAAGUGCUCUGCUCUUUGAUAGGUGUGACAGUGCCUGGGUGGUUUGUGCUUGUGUUUUAUCUAGGUUGCCUAUGACUUCCUUGGCAGGCUUCUUUGGGCUUUGCUUCUGAUUUUGCUCCUGUGACUAGUGGACAGAGAUUUCUUCUGAAUUGACGUUUUAUGAGAAAGACUCAUGAAACUCAGGAAGCUAAGGAAACUUACAAGGUUGAGUAUGUUCCUAAAACUUACAAGACUUGUAUAAUACCAUUGAAUAAUUGCUGGGGAGAGUAGAGGUUUUGGUAAAGCUGAAUGGAAGCCGUGGAAUAAGCCCUAGACGUUCGGCUUUUAUGAGUCAUCACACAUGCUAGGGAGGGCUUUUCAGUGUUCACUGUGUUCCUAUAAGUAACAUCAAAACUAAUUAGUUCACCAAGUUCAACCUGGGAGGAAUUAUGUUUCCUUCUGUCAUAGGUGCUCUGUCUGGAGCUACUCACUCCAUUUGUUCAUGUUUCCCCAAGAAACUGUUCAGAAGAUCUCCUUUGGAGAUUGGAACCACCCUGGGACACUAAACUACUGUAGGGAUAUGACAGCCCAGUUUUCUUGCCUCAAGCUGAGGCGGAGACUUGUCUUGCAAUUGUGCCUUGCUUGGCUCAGUCCUCUUCCAUUUCCUGUCUCCAUCCCUAUCUGAGGAAUUUCUCCUGAAUGACAUGAAUAGUAUGUGAUGUCCAGAACCCAUGUAAAGAAUAAGCUAGACAUUGUGGUGUGUGAUUAUAAUGCUAGUGCUGGGGGCAGAGUUGUGACUUAGCCAGCCUUAUGAAGUAUCAGCCAGUGAGAGCCUGUCUCAAGAUGAUGAUGGUGAUGAUAAUGGUGAUAGUAGUGGCUGAGGAACGACACCUGAGAUUGGCCUUUGCCUUCAAACAUGCACAUGCAGAUGUACACCAACCCACAUACCCACACUCACACCCACGCCCCUAUACACACACACACACACACACACACACACACAUGCAUACACACACACAUGCAUACACACACAUACACACACACACAGAGAGAGAGAGAGAGAGAGAGAGAGAGAGAGAGAGAGAGAGAGAGAGAGAAAAUCUGGAAAUGCCUGAAAGUUUUACCUUGCUUUCAGACAGCCUUUGAUUCAUGAUUACCAGAUACAGAAUUACUGAAGCUUGACUUGGUCACCUGAGAUCAGUAAGUUACCUUGCUCUCUAGAGACCCUUAUUUAGCCAGACUGAACUUAUCGCCCAUAAGGACUUACUUCACCGAAGAGGCUUUUCUUCGUUUUGCUUCCUGACUAUGUCCUGCUUGUCCUGAGUUUUUGUUGUUGUUGUUGUUGUUGUUUUUGUUUUUAAGAAACCAAUAACAUUCAAAUCCUUAAUUCAGUUUCUCUCUAGGAAACUGAUUCAACAUGGCGGGAUGUAUGAAUAUGCCCAGACUUUAAUGAAAAGAAUCAAGUACCUGCAAUCUAAACUAGCCAGAUGCCUGAAGUAUGCACCUGCUAUCCAGGGCUUCUUCCUGUGCUCUCUAAGCCUUCCCAUGAUAUUUUGAAACAAAGUUCCAGACUCUUCUCUAAAGCUGUGGUCAUAUCUAACUUGGCUGUUCAGUUCUUUACCUAUCAUUAUUUCAAGUAACCACACACAGAGUCAUAAAGGAGGGCAGAGUCUGUGUGUCUGUGUGUAUCUGCGGACUUUAUGUAUCUGACGUUGGAAAUGGCAGCCUGGCCAGUCCCAGUUCUUGAGUUAGUGAAUUCCUCCCAGGUAGCUCAGUACUUCCUUCAUCCCUCAAAAGCCACAGACACUUCUCUCCGCCCAAAUGUCCAGGUUUAGGUUCUGUUGGAGGUCACCGCCUUGAUGAUCUGUAUGUUUUUACUUUUAAGAACAAAAAUAUCAAUUGGAAAAGGAAUGCUAACCAAUGAGAAUUGGCCUACUUCUGGAAUCAAAAUGCUAACCAAUGAGAAUUGGCCUUCUGGAUUCGGAAUGCUGAAGAAUGCGAAUUGACCUUUUUCUGGAUGCACUUCGGGAAACAUGGACUAUCUGCUCUUGACUGUGGCUGUGAUUACCACAAAUUUGCCUUGUUCGGUAGAUGAAGUCAGUGAUAGGAAGCUAAAGUAAAACAGAGCUGGACUUCGGCACUGCCGCAGCUCAGAGGCAGACUCUUUAGACUGGAACCUUUUCUCUGAGCUGACAGAACCACUGGAAGUCUGGAUAACAGAAAUGAAAGCUGCCCUUGGCCACUAACUUGACUUCUUUUGGUGGUGGUGGGGUUCUGCUUUCCUAGGAACAUAUGUUUACAUAUAAAAAAAAUCCCCAAAUUAUCAUUUUAUUAUGAUUAGGUUUUCAUGUUGUUAAAUAUUUUUUAAAAGCGAUAUGUUCAGCGAAUCUAUAAUAGUUCACCGCAUUAGCAGAUCGCAAGUUUUAUUUCGUUGCUGUUGGACAUUUCAGUGAUUUAAUAUCGUUAGACCUUGGAUCAGUGACUACUGAGGCAGGUUUCACUGCAAGCCAAAGAGCAUAUGACAGUGUCUAAGACUGUUCUGGUUAUGGUGACUGGACUGAAUAGGCAGCUGGGGAAGGGAGAGCGCAUGCCCAGUGCUUAGGACAGUCCCCACAGCUGCUGUGAACACCCCCUGCCCCCUCCCAUGCUCAGGACAGUCCCACAGCUGUUGAACAUCUUCUAAUACUCAUGACAGACCCCAUGAAGAGCUAAUUGUCUAACCUCACAUGUUUCAAAUGCUGCUGUUGAAAGACUUUUUUUUCCUGUAGAUCACUAACAUUCUCAACAUCUUCUGUUUUAAAACCAAACAUGUUUGAACUGCCAUAAUUUUCUUAUCCUGGUAUUUCAGAUAUUCCUUCUUUUCACAUUCUUAAUUGAGAAUUUCUUCUCUGGGAGAGAGGCAUGCACGUAAAGUAUGUCUACCUUUCCUUACUAGUUUUCCAGUGGAGAACUGGAGUACAGUCUCACCUAAGCUUCUGUUGGGAAAGUUCUCAGAGGAGCUUGUAGGGCUGACUUAUGGGUUCUGAGUGAGGGGUUACUCACAGUAGCGUGCUGACCCCAGAGCAGCUACAACGGAAAUGUUCACCCAGUAUGGGUGGUGAUAUCCCCAUAGCUGCCCUUGUGAGCAGCUCCUCCUCAGCUAACCGCCCCCUUAGAUUAGAUUCCCUUUCCCCAGCAGAGACCCAUGGCCAGGUGCAAUUAGGGCAGAGUUGCUAUAACUGGCUGGGGAAAUGAUUUGGAGUUUCAAGAGAGGGUCCAGGGAUUCUCUGUACUGCUCCUUUGUAGUCCUCAGGGCUGACUUCCCAGGUCUCUUGUAAGCAGGUGAGCUGCUCUGUGCUUGGCUCCUGGGAUCUUCUGUAACAGGUGGAUUCCUAGAAGGAAUUCAGUCACCAUGAUCCCUUUCAAAGACCCUGAGGCACAAGUUCUCCAGAGUGGAGAGAGGUCCCUCUUCAAUGCUAUAUGUCCUUUCUCCACUCUAGAAAGUACAAAGCAUUAGUGUGUGUGUGUGCGUGCAUGUGUGAUUGCACACUUGUGCACACGCACGUACACACACACACACACACACACACACACACACACACACACACACACCAUAGCAUGCAUGUGGAGAUCAGACGAAAGCUUGUAGGACUCAGUUCUCACUUUCUACUUUGUGGGUCCCAGGGAAACUGGGGACAGCAGGCUUGGCAAUCAAGUGCCUACAUGGCUCAGGUGCCAUAACCCUGGCUUAAGUUGAAACAAAAGGAAAAAAAAAGCCUUACAGCUCUCUUGUUGUAAUUUGCAUUCUCUUUGAUUAUUCAGGACUUGAGUAUCUUUUCAUAUGCUGAUUACUUGUUUAUAUUUCUUCUCCAGCGAAUUACUAGUUCAUGUCCUUAACCUAUUUUUCUACUGAAGUUUUAGAAAAUUUUAAUUGAUUGGUGGGAAAGUUUUCCCUUCAAGUCUUAAAAAAAACUCUUUCAAAGGCGUCUCUGAGCAUCACUCUUGACUCUAUGCACCAUGUGCUAAAUGUGUUUAGCAAGAGCUGUCUUGUGGAUGAUUAUGGGCUGGGGGAGUCUCUUCCCAUCAGAUCUAGGGUCACCGUGAGUUGCUAAUACUCUUUGAAGAUGAAAACACCUUCACCCCGUGAAAACAAACAUACCACUUUAUGGAAGGGAAGAAGUUUGGGCUGGGAAUUGCAAACAGAGAACCAGGAGGUUCAAGUGUGUUCUCAAACUGACAGAGCCCUUCUUGCAGGCACAGAAAAAGUUCUUGUAAUUCGGAAUAAUUACUCAAUUAACGUCACUCUGUUCAUCUCUGUGGCAGAGUGGGCUGGAAUAGAGGAAGAUGAACAUGUCGACCUUCCCACCAUAGGAAUUCAGAAAUGCACAUUCACAAGCAGUGGAUCUUGGAUGUCCCCUGAGUCUGAGGUCCAAAACUAUCCACUUCGCAUCCCUGACCACACGAGAUUUCAGGGGGAUCUCAAUGGACUAUUUUUCAUUGUACAUUUAGACAUUUAUUUCAAUAUGCAUUUGAAAAAAUGCCUAACAUUAGCUUAGUGCUUCGUGAGCUUGUGGCUGUUGUUGUUCAGGAGGGGAGUGCAGUGGUUAUUAAGGGAAAACAAUCUAUAGCAGCGCUCCUGUCUGAGAGAAUGCUCGACACAGCUGAACAAAACCGAGUUGUGAUGCAGAACCCCACUGUGUAGCCCAUGCUCCGCUGGAGCUCGCAGUGUGGUCCAGCUGGCUCUAAGCUCACAGUCUUCCCACCUCACUCUCCUGAGGGCUGUCACUACAGGCAUGCGGCACCACACUGAGUCUGAGGAAGGUUUGUUGAGCAAAGGAAUAAAAAUGAAGCUCUUGAGUAAAUGAUAGUGUGUGUGUGUGGGGGAGGGAAUUCACAUAGCCACAAUAGCACUAUAAAGGAGGUAGGAAAACAAAUUGGAAAAACAAUCUUGUCAACACACAUGUGUUUAGAGCUGAAAACUAAGUAU